GGCUAUUGCAGGGAGACUGCUUUCCCUGACCCCUUGUUUCUGGAUCUCAGACCAAGGCUUAGGGCAACCAAGGGACAAUUAUGGUUCUCUUGGUUGUUUUGCUCCUGUUGCUGGCUCUCCUGUCCUUUUGGAAGGUGGCUAAGGAGAAGCAGAAGUCCAAGCGCAACUACCCUAAAAGCUUGCCCUCCUUGCCAAUCAUUGGGAGCCUGUUGCAUUUUGCUGGAAAUAACAACCUCCAUCUCUUAUUCUGCAAACUACAGAAGAAAUAUGGCAGCAUCUAUUCUCUCUACAUGGGCUCAGAUUAUGUGGUGGUCGUCAACAACUAUCAGCAUGCCAGGGAAGUACUGCUUAAAAAAGGGAAGAUCUUUGCUGGAAGGCCUCGGACGGUGACGACAGACUUGUUGACUCGAGAUGGGAAAGAUAUUGCCUUUGCUUCCUACAGCCCACUUUGGAAAUAUCAGCGUAAGCUGGUGCACUCUGCUCUUUGCAUGUUUGGAGAAGGCUCUCUAGCCCUACAGAAAAUCAUCUGCCACGAGGCUGCUUCCUUAUGUGAAACUCUCCGUUCUAUGCAGGAUUCACCUUUGGACAUGGCACCAGAACUUAUGCGUGCAGUUACUAAUGUGGUGUGUUCCCUUUGCUUCAAUUCCACUUACCAGCGUGGAGAUCUAGAAUUUGAAUCUCUGCUCAAAUACAGCCAAGGCAUUGUGGACACUGUGGCCAAGCAAAGCAUGGUGGAUAUCUUUCCAUGGCUUAAGUACCUUCCUAAUAAAGAAUUAGCUUUGCUGAAGAAAUGUGUGGAAAUGAGAGACCAGCUCCUACAUCAGAAGUUUGAAAAACAUAAGAAAGAAUUCAACAGUGAGUCUGUCAAUGACCUCAUGGAUGCUCUCCUGAGAGCCAAACUGAAUACAGAGAACAACAACAAUGGAAUAUUUUCUGGACAGGAGCUAACCGAUGACUACCUACUCAUGACUGUGGCUGACGUUUUUGGGGCAGGUGUGGAAACCACCACUACUGUGCUGAAGUGGGCUGUGCUCUAUCUUCUGUACUACCCAGAGGUGCAGGAAAAGAUCCAAGAAGAAAUAGAUCAGAAAAUUGGCUUGGACAGACAUCCCCUACUCAGUGAUCGGCAGCGAUUGUCUUACUUGGAGGCUACCAUUAGUGAAGUUCUGCGUAUCCGGCCUGUCGCUCCACUCUUGAUCCCACAUGAGGCAUUAGAAGAUACAAGCAUUGGGGAAUAUGAUAUCCCAAAGGGAACCCAUGUUGUCAUCAACCUGUGGUCUAUUCACCAUGAUGAAAAAGAAUGGGAUAAGCCAGCAGAGUUUAAUCCAGAACGUUUCUUUGAUGAUGAUGGGAAACGGAUCUACUCCCCUUCAGUCAGUUACCUCCCCUUUGGAGCUGGUAUUCGAGUUUGCUUGGGAGAAGCACUGGCCAAAAUGGAGCUGUUUCUCUUUUUGUCUUGGAUUUUGCAACAAUUCACACUGAGUGCCCCUGAAGGCCACACCUUGCCUGAGCCAGAGGGCAAAUAUGGGGUUGUCCUCCAAGUACCAAAGUUCAAGGUAAAGGCUACCUUGCGGGAAGUUUGGAAGUUUGGGAAGUAAUAGACCAACAAUAUCACGUGGCUCCAAACUCAGAGAGAGAGAAUUAAGAGCCUCUGAAGCUGAACCAGUAAAAGUUUCACUGGAGUGGUCUGUACAUAGGAGACAAUCAAGAAGCAAAUUGGCUGCCCGGUAUAGGAUGUGAAGGCAGGACCUCCUAUCCUUUCUGUCAAAUAUGCUACACUCAUAGGACCAAUGUAGACAAAGCCUAACAGUCAACAAUAGCUGCUGCCUCUUCUGUCUAUAGAAUGUGCUUUGGAACAGCCUUAGAGCAACAGACUUAUGCCCACAAGACAAGCACACAGUGCUGAAAAUCCUUUCUAGUUAAGUGCUACCCUCAAGGGAGAUACUUUGUCAUAGGCCAUAAAUGGCUUAAUGAUGAAGGUGGAUGGAAAAGCUCUGGAUUUUUUGUUCUUUUGCUUGUACAACAAUCAAGGCCACAAUAUUGGACAUGACACUGAGAAGUAUCUUUAUGAGUAGUAUCUUUCCUCGACAGAUAAUAAAGAUGGGUUAGGAUCACCUUAUGACAUGUCAGAAGAAAAACAAGGCAGGUUAAUUCCUGCCUAUGGACAGCCCCAAAAGACAGAAACUGUGGAGAUGAGAGCAGCUAUGUGGGGUAAGGGUUUGCUUGAAGGGUCAUAAGUAAUUCUUUUUAAAAGCAAUCUAUAGUUAGAAAGACUUUAUAAAUCAGUCAUGGCUUCAGAAAAGAACUGUAUCUGCAAGAGGGAAAUGGGAAGAUAGAUCAGUUCCUUAGCUGUCCUGUGUUAACAUCUAACACCUAUGGAGUAAAUUGUUCUGCUGUAACAUAUGUGGCAAGCUGUGGUCUUUCAUAGGUUUUUUGGACUAUAACACCCCCCAAAGUAACUAAUUACAAGGGGUGUUUUUUCUUCUGAUGUCUGAUUUCCUCAUUCUGCUUCCUUUCUGCAGUCUUCUGAAUUGUUGGGAAAAUGCUUAACACUAACAGAUUGUAGCCCUGUUUAACAGUAAUAAUACAAUAUUAUUGUAACCACAGUUGCUGGUAUCCUAUGUUCUUCUGCCUUAAGACGGACUUAGGACAAUGUGGGAGGGUCCUGAAUGUUAGAUUCAUAUCGAACACAGAUGCACAUAUAUAGCUGUACAGAGAGCAAGCUAGUUUCAGGAGCUGAGGCAACCAAAUUCUUAUCUGACUCAGCAAAAAAAUUCACAGAAUCCUCAGAAUGUGUUGUAAUGUAGACAGUAAACUCUUGGAUCAUGGGAUUUGUGUCUCUACAUGGCAUAACAUUUUGGAAGUCAUUCCUCCACAGAGUUACAAUAAGUCGCAAUAACACAUGCCAGGGCCUUUAAUUUUCAUUAUGUUAAAAAGCAUAUGUGCCAGUGAAAUGGCCCAGCUCAAAAAAUGUGAUUGUCUGGCCAUAGUUAAUGACUUCUAACUCAUAAUCCAAAGAUUUUCCAGUAGGAUGACUGAUGAUUUCAAAGAAGGAAGAGGUACGUUCAGUGGGAUCAUUCCAAUAUGCUCUGACAAGGAAAUAUGACAAGAUACAAUCAGGCAUUUAUAGGCACCAAAAUUUGCAUUUAUUAUGCAUAGAAGUGCCUGUUGGGUGGGGGUUUCUAGAAGCUGUAGUGUGAAAAGGGGUAAUUUGUUCAACCUCUAAAUAGGAUACCAGUCCAAGGAGGCAGGUAUAGGGUUAUGCUGGGAACUGUAUAAAACAUUAUAGACAGAAAUAAAAAAAUGUAGAAGGAAAAUUUCAGAAUAAUAUUUGCUUGUACAAAAUAACCUGAUGCAUGUUUCUGGGGUUCUGCCUAUUUUAAGAGGUGGGUAGUUCUUUUCCCCCCAGAUUGCAGUCCUAAUAUUUUCAGCUGUUUCUUCAAGUCUUGCAUAUUUAUUUUAAAAAAUACUUUUUAUUGAUAUUAAUCUGGGAGGGGCGGGAUUGAACAGUAUUUGGAUUACUAUUAACAUUCAGUGAUUUGAUCUGAGUUUUCAGUUAUUCAAAACAUUUGGGAUUCUUAGUAUUCAUAUUGGGUUGUCAACAUUAAGCUAAACAUCAGACAUUUACUGAAAGAUGCAUUAUCAGGGGAAUGAAGGAGAUGUGUGUUAAGAAAAACAUGCUAUUUGUUUCAUAAAGACAUAAACCCUUCACCAUGUCUCUCUGUCAUAUACCUGAGCAAAUCAAUGUAUAGAAAACCAGAGUUACUAACUAGAGGGAAUAUUCUUGCUGUCCCGAUAAUCCAUUUCCUGAUUCUAAACAUGAAAAUUAUUCUACUGACACCAGAUAAAAGGCCUGGUGUAUUGACUUGGUAUAUCAGUUGACGUGAAUCCUACUGUCUUCAGUGGGGUUUUACUGCCUGAUGUAUUUUACUGUAUUACUGCCUUCAGUAUUUCCAUAACAAUCCCUUUUGUAGGAUUGCAGCAACAAACACUUUUGUAGUCUACUAUCCCUAUACUGUAUCAGUACUUUUUGCUAGACUAACAAAUCUUGCUGAUUACCUUCCUUGUACACAUGUAUUUUGUAAUCCAGGUUGAAUGUACAUUCCCUUUAUCGUUUCUCAUUUUCAAACCAUAGUUUCAUGGUCUGCCCUUCUACGAGCAUUUUAGAUUUUGGCUCAAUUCAGCAAUCUGUGUCACCUUUUCCUGAGGUAAAGCACAUGGGCUAUAUAAGCACAAAGUUCAAGGUGCAUCUCAGUGGUGCAUCUAGGGUUUCCCCCACCUAUACUUUUAAUAUUUAACCAAAUAGCAAAGUGGCUGGAGAGAAGGGCAUGGAACAAGAAUCUGAACAAAGCUAGGAUGUUUAAAUCUACAGUAGUUUCCCCUGCUCUCCCAAAACAAUUUGCUUUGUACAUCCAGUUAAGGCUAGCUUUAGCUCACAGUCCUCAUCCUUACUUAAAUUAUUCACAAUUCAUCCUCAGUUCAUUCAUGAAAGUGAUCAGAGGUUUGAUAAUGCAGUAAUUUAAGCAAGCACAAAGAUUCAGUAAUUUGCUUCCUUGGAUCACAAUGUUUUAAAUGAUUGGAGAUUCCCUGUUGGGUUCAUAUUUUAUAUUGUACUCACGUUAUUAAAUAAAAAUGAUGUCAUUGUGGUCAUUUGGGCCUUAAAACAACCAAAUUCGUAAAAUUUGUUUGCUUAUUUGUUUUUUUUACAAAGCUGCUUCCACAAAUAAACCUUGGUAUAGUCUACUGUGAGGCUAGGCCAUGGUGUAGACCUCAAGGAAAUAGUUGUUUGCAUUACUCACUUCCAUUUUGAAUUUGAUUUCUGUCUAAAACGGUAAUUAGACUACACUUGGUGAUUCAGAAUGUGCACUCUACAAUAUGGUUAAAAUAUUGUCUCUUCAAACCUAACCAGUUUUGUCCAUGCUCACGUGUAGCAACAAUUGCUAUCCUGCACAUGUGUGUGUGUCCCAGUUCACAAAUGAGUGGAAAAUUAUUAUAACCAAACACUGCCACCCUGCACCAAAACUAAAGUUUCCACUUUUUAAUAUCUUUCCUUUUGCAGCUUUGAUAGCUUUGUCUACUUUAUAAUGCUAGUUAAUGUGGAGUCACCAAUGGAGCAUGGUGCUAUCCCAGUGAUUCAUAAGAACCAAGCAGAUUUGGUUACAUAGUGACAUAACUGAAAAACAAAGCCUUCACCUUGGCUUUAGUCUGAAGGUGGAGGAAAACAAGGAGCACAUGGCAAUUGUUUUAGGCAGUCAAGACAACACUCCAUACAUUAUGUUUCACAGAAGGUUUUAUCCUCUUUCAAUAUCACAUGCUAAUAUUUCCCCUCUCCCAAUCAACUUCUCUUUGUGUGUAGAAAAAUUUCUACACACAAGAGCUGAAUUCCUGUUGCUCAGUGUAGUAAGAUACACUAAUGUAGACACACUGCAUCACUGGGGAUCUGGUGAGUCAACUCCUCCAUAAGUUCCAUUUAUUCAAAUGGAGCUACUCUAGUUGUGACUUACUAUGCUAAGCAACCGUUUCAGCCAAUAAUUCCUUUCUCCUGCCCUCCAAAAUUCCUGCAAACAUUGCUGACUGAGGCAGAACAUAGAUGAGGAUGCACAGCUGAAGGCACAUCCCAUAGGCAGCAAUACAUUGAGGUGGACACUGUUUGUAUGUAACUGAGCACCUCAACAAAGGUGCCACUCAUCAAUACUCUACUUUUAGUGUGCACUGCUUUUCAAUACCAGGUAUACCUACAUUAAUAAACCUGCCUGCUAUGGGUGAAUAAGCAUCAGUCUGAGUGCCUCAGCAAGUUGCUGAGGAAUCACUAGAUGGCACCAGGUUCACAAAUACUUCUGUCAAGAUCCAGCCUCAGACCUUAAGAUCCUGUGAUACAUCCAAAUGACAGCUAGUUUAAGCUGCUAUAUUUUUGUCUGUUUUCUAGUUGCUACAUUCUCUGUGAAACACUGUUGGGGGAAAAACAUGGAGUCCCUGUCCAUAUUUGCUCUAAGGGAAUGAAUAUAAAUUGGAAUUGUUUACCUGGUUAUUCAUUCACUGUGUUCAGCUGAAAUAAAUGGAACGUUUUUCUGCAUAAGAGAUGACAGAACUGCACAAGUUGUUAAUUUAGUGUCAGCUGGAUCCUAAGAACACCAGAAAAAUUAAGAGUGUUACAAGUGGAGAUGGAUUGCCAUAUGUUGAAAUGGAAAAUAUAUGCCAUCUUGGUUACUUAUUUGUAGUACUAUUGUUCUAUGUUUUCCUCUUCACAAUGUGUCUUGAGAAGUCUUUACUCUGAAAGCUAACAGAGCACAUUUUGUAUAACUAGAAUAAAUAAAUGGAUAUUCAGUACCUGAAAGACUACAUGUGCCUGUGUCACUUUUUUCUAUACAUUUUGAGGACUGUAGAAACAAAACUGACCGACACAUUCCAU